ACAAGAUAAAAAACUUAUCUGAGUUAACCACAGAUUAAAACGUAGGUAUUAUAAUAGGUACAUUGCGACUAUACCUAUUUGACUAAAUUAUUUAGAUUUUUGAGCGACACACAGCAAAGCAACCAAAGAGAGUAGCAAAUUUUUUUAUAUAUUUGUUUCAAUGUUUAAUUUGUAAAGGAUUCAUUUUGUCAAUUUCCAUUAUACCUAAUGAUGGACGAUUCUCCAAUCCAGCUCGAAGGACCAUAAUAAAUUAAAAGGAGGAAAAAAUAAAAAUAGGAGAUUAUAACAUCAACUACUUAAAAGUUGGAAAUGGACCACACAACAUAAUAUGUAUGCCCGGUGCACUGGGAAGUAUUUGGACGGACUUCAAACCCCAAAUAGAACAAUUUGACAGGGAAAAGUUCACGCUGGUAGCCUGGGACCCCCCUGGCUAUGGCAAAAGUAGACCCCCAAAUAAGAAGUUUGACGACAAAACUUUGUUUUAUGAGAAUGACGCUAAUUACGCGAAUAAGCUUAUGAAGGCUCUCCAACUCCCUAAAUACUCGUUACUGGGCUGGAGCGACGGCGGCAUUACCAGCAUGAUCUGCGCCGCCAAGUUCCCGGACGCUGUUCACAAAAUGGUAAUUUGGGGCAGCAAUUCCUUCAUACUGCCCCACGAGGUGGAUCUGUAUAAAAAUGUAAAAGACGUAAGCAAAUGGUCCAAGCGCAUGAGGGAACCAAUGGAGCAAGUUUACGGCGACUUCUUCGCCCAAUACUGGGCAGAAUGGGUGGACGGCAUGGUAGCUCUGUUUGAAGCUAAAGAUGGCAACAUCUGCUCAGAAGUGUUGAAGGAUAUAAAAUGUCCAACGUUGAUUUUGUAUGGAGAGAAAGACCCAAUGGUAGACAAUGUCCACGCGUCUCAUUUGCACACUCAUAUACAGGGCUCUAGACUACAUCUGUACCCAGAGGGCAAGCACAACAUCCACUUGAAAUACGCUGAAGACUUCAACAAGAGAGUGCAAGAGUUUCUACUGCAAUGAUCUAUAAAAAUCUAAAACGGUGUAGGGUCAAACGAUUAAAUGUAACAAAAUCCCA